UUUUUCUUCUCACGAAUCCCCAUCGAUUUUCCCCGGGGAGGGAAAAAAUGCAGUGUGUGGGAAAUACUAUAGCACAAACAUAAUCAAUGAGAGGAGGUUUUUGGAUGCCUUUUGUUAUUUUCAUUAAAAGAAAAUAGAAAUUACUAAAAGAAAACUUUCCAAAAAAAUAAAAUGUUAUUUACAAAAAUUAUGAAAUUUCGAAUUUUGGAAUUAAUUAAUGAAAAUUAUGAUGAUAUACAUCCAACAACACGUUCUGUAGAAGCAAAUAAACGUGUAACGGCUGCUUGGGAACGUGUAACUACCGCUAUGAAUAAUGAAUUUCCCGACAAUAUUGUGUCGACUAAACAAAUUAAAGAAUGCUUUAAAUAUCUCAAAAAAAUUUCAAGAGACCAAAUUUCGAAAGUUUGUUAUGAUGAACAAAAUGUGAAGAAAGAAAAGUAUGAAGAUUUUAUGAGGGAAAUGAUAAAAAAAAUAAAAUUAAAUAAUUUUAGUGAUGAAACAAGUACAGCCUCUAGCAAAUCACCUCCAAUAAUUAAUGGAAUGCUUGAAAAUUUUCUUUGUGGAUUACCUGCAGUAAUUUCAAAUAUUAAUGAUGACACUUUGGAAUUUAAUAAUAACCAAAAUAAUUUUUGUAUUUCUCCAGAAAAUUGGUAA